GGUCUCAAAUGGAAAUGUUGUUUGGUAAAGGGACCAAAUGUGUCAACUCCAAAAACUUACCUUCGUUUUGCACUUUCCCCAAAUCUUACUCAAAUCUAUUGCAUUUUCAGCAAUGAUUGCCCUUUUCUGAUUCUUCCAAUUUCAGCGAAAAAAAAAAAAGUUAAAAUUUCUGUUAGAUUCUGUAUUUUAAUUAACAUCCUCAGAUUCUUCCAAUCUCUGUAAAUGGCAAGAAUCUGAAUUUUUUAUUUAAUCUUUUUAGUUAUGAGGAAGAAACUUGAUACUCGUUUCCCUGCGGCCCGGAUCAAGAAAAUUAUGCAAGCCGAUGAGGAUGUUGGGAAGAUUGCAAUGGCAGUGCCUGUUCUAGUGUCAAAAGCCUUGGAGUUAUUUUUGCAAGACCUUUGUGACCGGACAUAUGACAUAACUCUUAGAAGAGGAGCAAAGACUGUUAAUUCACUGCACUUAAAGCAUUGUGUACAAAGCUACAACGUGUUUGACUUUCUUCGGGAAGUUGUCAGCAAGGUUCCUGAUUAUGGCCAUUCUGAUGCUGCCGGCGAAAUGCCAAAAAGAAGGAAAGUUGCAACAGAAGAACAUCAUGACAGUGAGGAUGAAUUCAAAAGGAGCAGGACGGAGAUGUCUCCUGCUUGCAAUAGUGGUAGGGGAAGAGGUAGGGGCAGAGGAAGAGGUCGUGGUCGAGUAAGCCGUGCUGAUAGGGAGCUCUCACGACCUGAUAUGCAACUUGAGUCCUGCGCAACUGUUCAGCAGAGUGGUCAGCAAAAUCCAAAUCCUGGAACUCAGACAGAGAACUCCGUGGAACCAGAAGGAUCACCUAAACAGGAUUCCACUGUUUGUGACAAGGAAACGUCAGUUAUAACAGCUCCUAGCCUGAAGGUCAACGUAGACUAUAGUAUCGAUAAACCAGCUGCACCGGAAAUAGCAGCCUGCACUCCAUCACCAAAGCCUGCGAAUGAGAAAGCGGAGGAAGGCCCUCAAUGGUCUCUCGAAAUGGAUAGAAUGGUCAUCGACCCUGCUCAUAUGUCACAGCUGAAUACAAGCGUGGCGGAGGAGGAAGAAGAUUACGACGAAGAAGAGUAGGCAGAUAAAAUAACAAUCAAAUGGCCUAUUUGACAUAUGCUAUUUAUUGGUUCCAGUUUCCUGUAGGGCCAUAACAUAAAAAGGGCAUGAAUCCCUCUGCCUCCCCUUGUGAUUUGUUGCCAUAUUAGUGUCUGUCUAUUUUGCUAGUUGUCUUUGUGACUCGACUGUUGUAACAGUAUUUAACCGUUUACUUUUCCAGUAGAAAUAAGUAGGAAGUGUGUUUGUUGCUCCAACCAGCACUCCAUGUACCCCUUACUGUAUGAAAUUAGGUUAAGAUCA